CAAAGAAACACCCGCUGCGUUACACGCGAACGCUGACAAUUGGCCUCGAACGAGUUGCAAGUGGCCGCACUAGGGUCUAACGCCUUGUUCGACACUUGCACCUCGCCAAAAGACGCUCGCCGACGACACUGCAGAGCGCACUUCACGACUCCCCACCACUGCAAGGCCCUCCAUCCUACGUGUCGGCCAGCCAAAGUAGUGGUAGUAGUUUCGAGCGCUCGGGGGAAUCAUUAAUUGGCGGCGUCGGCGAUUCGCGCAGUCAAAUCGUCACCGGUAUUCAUUAAUUUCGGGACUCGAGAAACAGAAAGGAUGGCCUACAGGGGACCCAGAUCGGACUUUGGGGGUCAGCAAGGGGGUCAGCAGCAGUGGAGAGGUGGUGGCGGUGGUCGGCCCCAGCCCGGUGGUGGUGGCAUGGGGCGCCCCAUGAUGGGAGGCAACAACAGCUACGGGGAUGGCCGCAACGGUGGCAGCAGCUUUGUCAACAACAGUCUUAAGGGCAAGCAGCCAGGCGGAAACCUUCGCAAGCCAGAUUGGGAGCGAAUCCAGCUUCAGCCAUUCCAGAAGAACUUCUACCAGGAGCACCCCAACACUGCCAACCGUUCUGAGGAAGAGAUUGAACAACAUCGACGUCAACACGAGAUGACCCUGAGGGGCCGCGACCCUCCACGACCCAUCCUGACCUUCCAAGAGGGUUGCUUCCCUGACUAUUGCAUGCGGAUGAUCGAGGCCCAGAACUACAAGACCCCAACGGCGAUCCAGUCCCAGGGGUGGCCCAUCGCAUUGAGUGGUCGUGACAUGGUCGGCAUUGCACAGACUGGCUCGGGAAAGACCCUGGCCUACAUCCUGCCAGCAAUUGUCCACAUCACUCACCAGCCCUACCUCCAGCGAGGAGACGGACCAGUGGCUCUAGUGUUGGCACCAACACGUGAGCUGGCCCAACAAAUCCAACAAGUGGCGUCAGACUUUGGCAAGGCGUCCCGGAUUCGUAACACGUGCGUCUUUGGCGGGGCCCCCAAGGGCGCGCAGUUGCGGGACUUGGAGCGUGGUGUCGAGAUCUGCAUUGCCACACCGGGCAGACUGAUCGACUUCCUGGAGGCAGGCAAGGUGAACCUUCGUCGCUGCACGUACCUGGUGCUGGACGAAGCCGACCGCAUGCUGGACAUGGGAUUUGAGCCCCAGAUCCGCAAGAUCGUGGAGCAGAUCCGUCCGGACUGUCAGACCCUGAUGUGGAGUGCCACCUGGCCCAAGGAGGUUCGCUCCCUGGCCGAGGACUUCCUCAAGGAUUACAUUCAGGUGAACAUUGGGGCACUGCAGCUCUGCGCCAAUCACCGCAUUGUGCAAAUCGUCGACGUCUGCCAGGAAUCUGACAAAGAGAACAAAUUGUUGGAACUGCACAAGGAAAUCAUCAGUGAACAGGACAACAAGACUUUGAUCUUCGCCGAAACCAAGAAAAAAGUUGACGAGCUGACACGCAGGAUGAGGAGAAGCGGGUUGCCAUCUAUAUGCAUUCACGGGGACAAGUCUCAGUCGGAACGUGAUUGGGUUCUCAAUGAGUUUCGUUCUGGCCGCUCGCCAAUCUUGGUAGCUACCGACGUGGCGGCCCGCGGACUUGACGUGGACGACAUCCGGUUCGUCAUCAACUACGACUACCCGCACUGCUCCGAAGACUACAUCCACCGCAUUGGCCGGACGGCGCGCUCCAACAAGACGGGCACGGCGUACACUUUCUUCACGCCCAACAACAUGAAGCAGGCCAAGGAGCUCAUCGCCGUGCUCAAGGAGGCGAACCAGGCAGUCAACCCCAAGCUGUACGAGAUGGCCAACCUGGCCCGAAGCGGCGCUUUCAGCGGCGGCCGCAACAUUCGUCGUUUCCGAGCACCGGGGCAGCCACUGGCGAGCCUUGAAAACAAUGACAACAAGCAGCGAAACAACGGCGGUGGCUACGGAAACAACCGCGGCGGUUACGGCGGAGGAGGCAUGGGUGGGGCCCCCCAGAUGCGUAGUGGGCCAGGAGGUGGCGGUGGAUAUCGCGGAGGUGCUGGACAGCAGAAUGGAUACGGUGGCGGAAGACCCAUGCAGAACGGCUUCAACCGACCGCAGAUGCAGAACAAUGGAAGCCAGCCUGCCUACCAGCGCAGCGGCCCCAGCGGCUACAACAACCAGCCGAAGCCGAUGUCUGGCGGCCUGGCAGGCGGCGCUGGCAAUCAGAAUAGCGCAAUGGCCAGUGGCGGAGGCGGCUACAAGCCAGCCCAGCAGCAGCAGCAGCAACAGGCCCAGCCACCGCCGCAACCACAGGCCGCUCAGCCUCGGCCAUCUCCUCCUAACGGCACCGCCAUGAUGCACCACCCAACCCAGUACGGAGCGGCAGCCGGAUUCCGCGCCCAGAGCAUUGGUCCGCACCACGGCAUGGCCCCGCAGCAUUGCUACAUGCCACCCCAGCACCACCAGCAGGGCUCCAUGUACGCCGGCGGCUACGGACAGUACGCGCAGAACGCGGCGUACGUCCCGCCCAGCCUGUACUACCAAGUGCCGGCUUAAUGCUGGCCCCCCCCAUUAGGUUCUUGCUUGCGGGGUCGAAAAAACAAGGGCGUUUUGCUCUCUUUCUCUUAUCUAGCCUUUUUUUUUUUUUCGUUCCUCUUUUGCCUACUCUGUCUUAGUGACUAACUGCAGAAUCUUCUUUUUGUUCUUUUUUGAAAUGUUCCUCCCUUCGAUGUUUCCAUUCCUUUUUUUUCCUUUUGUCUCAAAGUGUGGUUGCAGCAGUGAUGUUCAGCCAUGUUAGCUGAAGUGCAGUGCUGAAAAUCUGUAUUCUAUUCGGUUGAAAGCAGGCAAAAAGCAGCAAUGUUUAGCAGAGGCCUUGGAGCUCGACACAGCACACCUUGUACAGCUGACAUAAUUUUAAUUGCUUUGACAGAAUGAGCAACACAGACUGAAGUUUUUUUCACGAGUGUGGCAGACACACUCCGGUGGGUUGCUGUUGUGACAUCGAUAUCUGUUGCAGACUGUGAGACGUCACGAGCAAUGCGGCACAUCUGAGUAGUAUGCUAGCAUGACCAAGGAACUAGUGCAUCAGCAUUGGCUCGGCAAACUGCGACGUCGCACGCUUUGUCACAGCCGCAACAUGUUGCGACUGUCUAACGGUCACAACAGACAAGGAGUUGUACAUCGGCGUUAAUUCUAUACUCUGCAACGUUUUAUGCCUUGUCGCUGCUUAAGCGUGUCUCGGCGGUCUGAUAGCGCAAAAGGCAGUUGUACUUCCACGUCGGCUCUGCAAAGUGCGAGGUUCCAUGUUUCGUCACCAACAGAAACACUUGUGAGAUCGAUUCUUGUCUGUGAGCUGUGACGAUUUCUGGCCCUGUCAAAGCUGAUGUGUUGCUAUGGCCAAGUGAUGUGACCCACAUGCUUUUUUUUUUGUUCAUUACAUGCAGUGCGGUGACGUUUGGAAUCUCUUGGGAAAACGUGUGGCUGUCUUGUGAUUUGUGUAGGUGAACGCGACAGUUGCGCAGAGUAGGCUCACGUCAUCUACGAUGAUCGUGGCACGAAGCUAGUGCUUAAGGCAAAGUGAAUGAGAAAUUUAGGGCCCAAUGUUCGCGUUCGGAUGUUCUUUUGUGCUGGUUCUCGUGUGCGCGGUCGGCAAUUUUUUGUUCAUUUUUUAUGUCACACAUCCUGCUAGCAGUUGCGCGUUCUUCUUUACCAUACCUUUAUUCACUGCAGCCGAAAUCUGUUAUACAGAAUGUCCAAACUCGAAUUCGUGCCUACAAGAUUCGCAGCCGGCAUCGCAGUGCACGUGAACAGCUGCCACCGUAGUUUCAUGACACGCUGAAAGUUGAACACACACUCACUCGGCCGGCGUAGAUUGUCAGCGCCGAGUUGACUGUUCGUGCAGAAACGUCUUGGAACCUCUGGAGAACAGAUUUUGUCGUCAAUCUCUGCACUGCAUUUCUUUCUCAUGGUCAUUUUUUGUCGCCUCCCUGCUGCUGCCGCUCGUGAGGGUAUUUCUCUGGUCAUCGUCGUCGCCACCUUCUGCUGAUGCUGGAAUGACGUUUUGUUUCCUGGGAGCAUCUUAUUGGUCCCUUUUCACCACCAGUUCCUUAUUUCUCGCGAUUUUGUUUUGUCGUGGCGUGUCGCGGCCGCUGCUUGAAAACUUUGUCACUGACAAGUCGCGUCGCCUCUGAAGGAGAUUUUUCUUUUUGUUGUUGUUGUAGUUCCUUUGCUGCAACUGUGGGACAUCGGUUAUGUAUAGUAAACGCUCAGGGGUCCAGUAAAUCGAGGCGAUUUCAUUGUGCAAAUGGACAAAACAGCGAAAGAAAGCUCGAAAUGUACAAAGAUUUGCGAAAGCAACACAAAAAAAAAUAGGACUGCGCCUUUUUUUCACCAGAGCUCCGUCCCACGCCUCGCGCUCAUCUGCGUGGCAAUCCAACGCGGCUUCGUCGGGAAAGAGCCUGCGGAGGUAGCGUAUUCCACUCUCGAUGUGGUGUCUCAAGGGAGGAACGGUACCACUCUCCAAUUGCCUCACGGGGUUUCGUGCAGAGACUUUUUCGCGUGUGCUCGGAGAAAAUGGGCUUUUUUCUACUUUCGACACGUUUAAAGUAAAAGAUGGUAGCAGUAUCAACAAAUGCAUGUACUGCCACUUCAUUGUUUGUAAACGUCAGUGGUUGGGGAACUGUUUGUCUCUACAGAAAUGUUCUUUGAAGUGAAGUGAGAGUUAUGUAAUGAUUGUUCUUUUCGUACCUGUCCUAUAAGAAAGUCCUUUUUUGGAAGAUACUGCUUUGUUAUCUGAUGUAAAACUAAAUGCUGGGAGCGUUGAUCACUCUCGUUUGCCGCCGCGUGUGCGGGGUCAUCGGACCCCUCGCCCCAUCAUUGCCUUUUUUGAGUGCAUUUCGGUCGUGCCGUUUCAUGAGCGGCCACUCUGGGAAGCAAGAGCCAAUGCACGUUUAGUUGCACGUUCCUUUCAGAAACCACACUUCCUGUUGGUUGUUGGUUUCGCAUUGCGCAGGCAUGCCACAAAGCCGGGCAUACUGCGCACGUGUUGUCUAUGGUGCUCGACUAUGGCUGCACUCACUCGACUCGGGAUUUGACUGCGCUGUCAGAGGACAAGCCGUAGGGAGAGAGCACAGUUCGAAAGCCGGGAAGCUUUCAACCAUCGUCUCGACUCUGGAUUUUACCAUGGUACUUGAGCUCAAGCCACGAGUCUAUGCUUCCAUAGCAGUUCAAAAGCGAUGGCAUCAUCGUAGGUUUCUCGAGCUUGGGAAAGAGAGCUUGGGGACGUGAAUUUUUUUUUAAACUCUCUGGAUGUUAACUCCAGAUAAGACUGUGAUAUCAAAAAUAGGCUUUGUAGAUUUUUCCAAGGUCUUAUAUUUCUCAAGUCCUGAACCAAAUGGGGCAGCAUCGUCCCACUGCAUUUCUGUGUGAGCCACGGCGGCACAGCACUUUUGCGGGCUUGCCCAAGUCUGUAGAUAAAUGCAAUCAUCAUAGUCGUCUUCGUGCGCACUGCGUCUGAAGUGCGCACUCGUUCAGGACACACAUCAGAGAGAGCAUCGGUGCCGCGCUUUCGGUCGAAUCGUGUUGUUCCAUCGAGCAAGGGCUUUCAGGCAAGUUAUGGGUUGCACGAACUUGUCCCAACAUCGCGGUGUUUGUUUUCAGCGGCAAAGUUGGUUACAGAUCUUCGUCCGCACGCUCGGGGCGGACUUUGUAUUAGUGCGAGAGCGCAGUUUUUAAGCUUUUCAUUUUAACUCUCGCUUACUGCUCGAACGGGUAAGAUGGCGGACUUGUGCAUUGCUUGAGUGACCGACAUCUUUAGGCGUUUUUUAUCGUGGGGCACACUGAACAUUCUCCCACUUCUUGUCCCGCCUUUGCCGCGAGCCAAUCCAUUUCGCGGCUGUCGUGGCUAGGAGGGCACAGCGGGUGUUUUUAAUGUGAACACAACUUCAUCAUGCCCUUCUGCUUCGAUGUCAUCGAGGGAGGGAGGUUCCGCAUUCACUCCAGGGUAGCGAGAGUGUCUCUCGGCAGCAUUCUUCAACACAUUCUUUUCUUCUGACAUUGGGGUAAGGGGGUAGGGGAAAGAAACUGUCGGGAGGCAAGUGCAGGAAGCGGACCUGUGCAUGCUCGACUCGGUGGUUACCUGCCGGCGCAAGUUAGCGCUGCUCGUGGGACUCUUUGUAGCUCGAAACUCUGGUUCUGACCAUUUUUUUUUUUUUUUAGCAAGAGAGAGACUGCUGCGUUAGCACUUCUGCCUUCACAUGGCAUUUGCAGCCAGUCGACAUGUGGCAUCUAAUCUGCCACGCUCAUUUUUGGACCCAUGAUAAGUUCGUCAUCAAAUCCACGAAGGGUUCAGUCGAUAAUGAGGAAGGAAUCAUCGGUGUCUUCGGCGCAGACCCUUAGCAUACAUUAAUACAUUGUUCAACGCAGCCACGGUGUCGGGGUGUGUCAAAAGGACUGUGGCCCAUGAACGACGUUGGGUCGUUCCCAGUCAGACCGGUUUUUUUUUUUUUUUUUUUUUUGUACAGUUUGCGUCCCAUGCAAUGUUUCACAAGGUUCUUCUUCUGGGUGAGUUUUCUUCUUCGAGAAGCAGGCGCGUGCGCUCUGGCCAUUGAGCUCAUCAUCGCGCUGCAUCAAUCACCUGUUCUGGACAGCCGUCAUAGACUGGAGAGGGAUAUCAGGUGAUCACCAAUGUCACAUGACUAAAAAAAAAAAAAACCUCGCCGUCGCCCAAAGUCUAGCUCCAGAGGCACGAUAGAUUGUUUUGGGAGGUCAGCGGCAGCAUGAGUGGCCCCCUAGCGGAGCUGAACACAUUGAGUCUAAGUUUUUCAUGCUCGGUGACCAUUAUUCUCUUUAUUUUAAUCUGUGCUGGAGAACCUUCUGCCAGCAAACCGAUUGCCUCUCCCUGUAUUUCGCGUUCUCCACGAAUCCGGUGUGUGCGUGUGUGCUUGCGACUGUAGAUCACCGUGACGGUCGCUUGUGACCGUAAGUCGCUGAGUCGGUCACGUGCGUGACCUCUACAUUGAAGCCUUACUGUCCUUUUUGCUUUUUUUAGCCGUCCAUUCUCUUGAUUUUCUCAACUGUUUUCACGUUGUGUAGUCUGAGAGCAUUUCUGCCUGGGAUUUACACUGCUGGCAGCAACCUUCUUGGUGUGUAACCGCCUCUUUUUCUGUCCGUAAUUAGCAUAGAUGUCAGAGCAAGAAAAAAAACUUAUUCCAGUCCACCUGGUUUCACUGGAGUUUACGCCAAUUCGCCGAGUUGACAAGACUAGAUCCUCGGUGUCUGGCGCUUCCUUCUCUCCUGAAUUCUCGUUUGUAGUAAGUCGUGUUAUAAGAAAAAAAAAGACGUGACCUGCUGCAAAAAAAAAAAAUUCUGUGUCGUGCGUGCAAUUUCUGGUCUUGUAGACUCGUGUAUGCAGUUUUACUUUUUGUUCUCGGUGAUAAGAGUGUUGGUGACUCCAAGUUCGUCUUCGUUAUCUCUCUCAAGGAACAUGUAUUCAUGGCACUUCAUUUUUUCUUGCAAGGUGGCGUUGCCCGAGUGUCUCAGUAGUCCACCUUUCAGUUUAUGGAACACUCCGUGCUUUAGUUACACAAGUUUUGUUCUGCAAGUUUUUUUCCGCAUCUGGAACCAAUAUUUUUGUCCUUGGCAGUGUUGUAGGUGUUCGUUGCUUUUUCCUUAUUCUCUUAGGUGCACGAAAUAAUAUAAAAGCUGUGUGCUUGUGUAAGUGUAACCUGUUCCUAUAGUUAACUUGGACGCCUCAAGUUGUGGGGAGGGGGGGGAAAACGGUACGCAUGGAAAUUGAUCUAUCAUCCAUGGCUCAUUUACCAUCGCCAACAGCAAAGUUUGGCGGGAAGGACGACAUGGUGGGAGUUCUUGUACAUACCUUGUAUAUAAAAGCGAUUGUGUACCAAAGCUGCGCCACCAGGUUGUUGCUUCUCAACCGAGGGAGAAGAAAAAAAUUGCACUGGCUCACCCUCUUCUCACCGUGGAAGAACUGAGGCUCAUAUUUUGUCACGUUUAGAAAGAGUUGUGGAGAAAUAAAGAGAAAAAUGUGCAAACAGCUCUCAA